AUGGCAUAUGAUCGGUAUGUUGCCAUUUGCUAUCCCCUGCACUAUGAAAUGGUGAUGAAUUGGAAAACCUGCAUCAAAAUAGUGAUUCUGGUGGGGGUUACAGGUGUAUUGUAUGGAAUGUUGCACACCAUUGGCAUCUUUUACAUCCCUUUCUGUUCUAAUGUUGUCAACCAGUUUUUCUGUGAAAUUCCACAUUUGCUAAGUCUACCUUGCUCUGGAUUCAAUCUAGUUGAGAUUGGAGUUCUUGUGGCCAGUUUCACUGCAGGACUAGGCUGUUUUACUUUUGUUAUUAUAUCUUAUGCCAUGAUCUUCAAGGCAGUGUUGAGAAUCCGUUCUGUAAAAGGAAGGCAGAAAUCCUUUUCCACUUGUCUUCCCCACCUUAUAAUCUUUUCUAUGUUUUUGGUAACUUCAUGCUUGGCCUACCUGAGACCUCCCUCUAACACCCCAACCCAUUUAGAUUUAUUAUUCACUGUCCUAUAUUCCUUAGUUCCACCCCUGUUUAAUCCAAUCAUCUAUAGCAUGAGAAAUAAGAAUGUCAAGCUUGCACUGUCUAAACUGUGGAAAUUGUGA